UGUAGCUCGGCGUCGGCUGCUUCGCGCUGCUUGUAGGGCAAACGAUGACAGACGAUUAUAAACGCUGUUCUUAUUUUCCUUCUUCGUUUGCAGAGGAUUCGUGCGUUUCCCCGCUUUUAUUGGUAUAAUUAAUCUGGUGUGUGUAUGACUUGUCAGAUUUGAUCUCCCGCCGUGAGGCAGCUGAGAUCGUCCUAAACCUUUCCUCCUCCUCCUCCUGAAGACAUUCCUGCGCAGAUCCUAAUCAGCACACACGAUGGACAUGUGUUAUGAGCGCGUGGCCAGUGUCUGCAUCUCGUGGCUGUUAUGUCCGUGAGCAGCUGUCAAACCAGGUAACCUCUGCUGGAUAAACCUCGGCUGAUCGGCUGAAAUGAGAGCUUAGAGAAGGGCCAUGCGCGGACGCGCUGUGAUUUAGGAGAUGGGUGAGUAUGAGGACCGUCUGCAUGAGCUCGAGGGGGAGGCUAAUUAUUUCCCCCCUCCACCGCGACACCCAGGCGGCCGCGAGCGACUCCACAUCCAGAAGAGCAGCGUCUGCUCCAGGGCGUACUUCGUGGUGGUCAUGGCCUUCUUCCACAUCUAUAUAAUAAACAUCAUAGCUUUGCUGCUUUAUGUGCACUAUAACACGGGGUCUGGGGAGCAGGAUGUACCCCUGGAGAACAGUGCUAGUGCCCCACGACCCAUGCCUGCUGAACACCAGACCCCAUCCUCAGCAAACCUGAGCCCGGAGCUCUCCUUCCAGCUGCCGCGCCUGGAGGGCAUCCGGGUUGGACACGUGCAGAGAGUUUCUCUGGUUCCCGACCGGACCCAUAACAUGCGCACCCUCAGCUUGAAACCUCUGCUGUUUGAGAUCUCAGGAUUCCUGAGUGUGGAGGAGAGCAGUGUGGUGAUGCAGCUGGCUCAGCUGAAGGGCCUGACUCACAGCUCGCUCCUCACGGCCCCCGACAGCCAGGAGGAGACGCUCACUCAAGACGAGCUCUUCAGCCUGCUCGACCUCAACCAGGACGGCCUUCUGCAGAGGGAGGAGAUUUUGAGUCUGUCCCAUUCGACUGAUGGAUCUUGGCUGAGCUCAUACAAUUUACGGAAAAUCCACACCGGGUUGGAGACCAGCCCUUCUGGAGUUUUGUCUCUGCAGGAGUUUAAGCGCGUCAGUGGUGGAGUGUUGCAGUAUGGCAGCGCUGGCCAAGGUUUGGACGGACAUGCCAAGGUCAGGCAGAGAAGCACACACACUCGACUUUAUCUCGGAGAGGGCACACACCACCUGCUGAAGAGCAUCAGAAACAGAGUGACCCGUUUAACACGACUGCCGUCCUCAUUGGUCGAUCUCAGCGAGCCAAUGGAAGUAGUCCGUUAUGAGCAGGGCGGGUACAGCCACGCCCACCACGACAGCAGCCUCACCAAUCACGACAGCAGCUGUGCCCACACACACCUGGCAGCUAAUAACUCCGCCUCCACACAGGUCGCAUGCAGGUAUCUGACGGUCUUGCUGCAUCUGAACUCGGCGGAUGGAGGAGGAGAGACCAGCUUCCCUGUGGCUGACAACAGGACGUAUGAGGAGGAGGUCUUAGGUGAUCUCUCUCAGCAGUACUGUGAUAAAGGCAAUCUGAAGGUCAAACCUGUAGCUGGAACCGCUCUGCUGUGGUACAACCGCCUCUCAGAUGGCAAUGGUUGGGUUGGAGAGUUGGAUGAAUUCUCUCUCCACGGCGACUGCUUAGUCACUCGGGGCUUCAAAUGGACAGGAAGUGUGUGGGUGAACAUCGACCCUGACCAGCAGCGGCAGGAGUGCUACCAGCGUCUGGUCUCAUGGCAUCCAGACGAGCAAAGCAAAAAGCCAGAGCACGGAGACCUUCACCAAGACCUCUGAACCAGACGUCCUGUCACACCGUGUCUACACUGGAUGCGACAAAGCGACCGUUGCAAAUCAUUUCUACAUUGUGUCAGU